AAAAAUGUCCUCAAAAGCGUAGAGGAUACAGAAGAGAGAAGAAACAUAUCUUAAUAUGACAAAAUAAAUCUGACUUCAUUGCUGUAAAACAAAGCUCUGCACCUUUAAAUGUGAGAUGUGAGGGUGAUGCGAUGGCAUCGUCUCCCAAUCGGCUUUGAGAGUGUGCCGCCACUCUCCACCCCCCACAUCUGUGAGCACCUCCCCACACUGCUGUUGGUGGUGGACCAGUGAGGGAUGUAGGAUGAUGGGGGACUCAAAGGAGCCAAAAGCCGGUGGCCUUCACAGUAGCUCUGAGUAGACAUGUGGAACUGUAUCCAGAAGCUGAUGUUGGGAUGGCUUCUCCUGGGAAAUGCGGCCAAAUCUAGAGGGACUUCCAGACACCCAGAUCCCUCUCUCAGGGUGGUCCUUUGAGGCUUCUAGUUUCACGUGGAAGUCCACCGAGCUGAGACUGGGCAGACAUGGCCAAAAGGGAUUACCUGGUGGAUGCGGCCCGGCAAAUCCGUAUGGCCCUGGACCGAGAGGUCAGUGAGGACUAUGAGGCUGCAUUCAACUACUACAAGAAGGGAGUCGACUUGCUGCUAAAUGGAAUACAAGUAGACCCAAACAAGGAGCAGCGUGAAGCAGUGAAGCGUAAAACCACGCAAUACCUGAAGAGAGCUGAGGAUAUCUUCAUCUCCCACCUGCAAAACAACUAUCAAAAGGGAGGAUCUCAGAUGGAGCAGGGUUACAGCAGCCUAAGGUUCCGACCAAUCAGACACCUAAACUCGCCAGUGGAAGAUCUAAAGAUGUAUAAAGUUGUUGGCAUCAUCGACAAGGUUCUGACUGUUCAGAGUCUGGUUUGUAAGGAUUCAUUUGUGAUAAAGAGCCUUCCUAAAUCGAGUGGAAAUUGCCGUGAUAGGCCUACUAUCAUCCCUCAGAAUGUUCCCUGUAUGGUGAAACUGCUGAGGUAUUACGUCAGUGAGGAUGCUGUCUACCUGCAUCUGGACCAUGUGACAGGAGGCAAGCUAUUCUCUAAACUGCACAAACUCAGGGGACAGCCAGCGAAGGAGCAUCCUGAGUGCUGUAGUCAGCACAAGAUCGGACUGAAAAACAGCUACACAUCACCAGCCAUCAGUGCGGAGUAUGGUCAAGACGAGGGUCCGACGGUGGUGAGAUCCCCACCCACGGAGGGAGGCCCUGCCAUCACGACCUCUCCAGCGUCCUGGUACGAGGCUCAGCAGCGACUGGAGACCUGUCGGACGCACUCCUACAGUGAGGAGACGGGCUGUUUGCAGCAUUCCAAGUUGGAGAAACUGGACGCCAAGUUGAACCGGGAGUUGUCAUUGAACGCAGCAAAGGCACCACUCGAGCUUUCAACGUCCUCAUCUCAGAAAAAUCAUAGUCUCACCACGCAUCUCAGUCCCCACUCAGAUCUACAGCAAUCACCAAGCGUGAAUUCAGAACAGCCCAUACAUGACACAAGACCAGACAGAACCAUGCACAGCUCAGAGCUGGCCAAUGCCUGUCACUCUUCUGAUCCACUGCACAAGUGUGGGGCUUGUAUGACGGCGCUACACACCGGAAGUAAUUAUGCAGUGGAUAACGUUCAGACAUCUUUGGAGCACCCUCUCUCCACAGAUCCGAGGCGGACGACAAAUGACGAGGUGGGAACGACUGCUGCUGAACCUGCCUCUUUCUCCAGGGAACUGAACUCAGAGACAAAAGGCGAAGCCAUUGAUCCAAGGUGCAAUAAAACAUCCUCAGGAAAUGUCUGCUCUCAGAUUGUGUUGAGCAGCGACGAGUUCAGUAUGCAGCACAUGGUUGACCCUGCUGGUGGGGGAUCGGUAUCGGGAGAAGUAUCGGAUGAGAGGCUUCAAAAGCCAGAGGAGGAGGGAAAGGGAGAUCUGGGUUCACUUGACCAAGAGAGACUUCAGAAAGCCGCACAUGAGCGUGGCUUAGGCUCUCCAUCUUCUGGCCUCGCCAGAGACACUCAUUCUCCAGACGAAAUGGAGGACCUUGACAUUGAGGUGGAUGGCUGGUACCAUGUGCCUCAGUUCAAGAAGCAGGUCUCCAGAGGCAAGUCCUCGCAUGGGCACUGGGGCCUACCUGAGGCUGAGGUGUGCACCUGGGGAGCCCAGAUCCUGGUGGCGCUGGAGAGUCUUCACGAUCAGGGUAUCAUCUGCAGUGACCUCAACCCAAACAACAUCCUCCUCAGCUCUCACGGUGAGGUGUGCCUGACCUACUUUGGCCAGUGGAGUGAGGUGCAGCCCGUGAUCUGCCCGCGGGCCAUGGAGCAGAUGUACUGCGCUCCAGAGAUAGGUGGGAUGGCUAAGAUCACAGAGGCGUGUGAUUGGUGGAGUCUGGGUGCCUUGCUCUUCGAACUUCUAACUGGGAUGCCGCUGUGGCAGUGCCACCCCACAGGAGUGGACUCGCACACGCAGCUCCUCGUCCCAGACCACCUGAGUACGGCGGCGGCCUCGCUGCUCACGGAGCUCCUUCAGUUUGACGCCGGCUAUCGUUUGGGCUCUGGAGGUGGAGGAGUUAGCGACAUCAAGUGCCAUCCGUUCUUCCACUCCGUGGACUGGCCCAGUUUGGACAGUUAAUGGUGAAACAUCUCCGUGGACUGGACCAGUUUGGACAGUUAAUGGUGAAACAUCUCCGUGGACUGGCCCAGUUUGGACAGUUAAUAGUGAAACAUCUCCGUGGACUGGCCCAGUUUGGACAGUUAAUGGUGAAACAUCUCCGUGGACUGGCCCAGUUUGGACAGUUAAUGGUGAAACCUCUUGGGCUCUUUUGGACCAUCAGCGCCCUCAGAAGAACUGAACAUAUCAACUUCAAGCUCCUCAGGGGUAGGAGGCCUGUUCAGGGCCAAGUUAGAACAUCCUCUGAGCUGGGUGAUUUCCCUGGCCCUGGGGUACUGGUUGGCUGUGAUGGUUAUUGAGUGUGCUUGGGUGAAAUGGUCUACUGCUGAUGGGUGAAGGGAAAAUGAUAUACAGUUGUGGCCAAAUUUGUGGCCUCCACAAAAAAGUCCUCGAUAUUUCUCUGAAAUAAUUUGAUGUGCCAACACAUUUAUUUCUGGUGGAGUGUCAGUACUGACAUCAUCUGUUAUAUUCUGCUCAUUUCGUGUUCACUCUGACUGCAAAUGUCUCGUUCAUGCCCAACAGGGUAACUCUUUAUUCAACUGUGACACACACAUAAAUCGUUGAGCAUUUUAACAUGCUCAAUCAUUAGGUGCAACACCCUGCCGGGUCCUCGUUACAGGUACACUAACACAACAGCCGUUACAUCAUGGUCACGGUCCAGUAGAAAUGUUUGUGCUGGCUGAAAAGCCUUCCAGGAAGUGUGUGGCAUAUUAGGCAGUUGGUAUCCAUGAUUGUCAGAAUUGUCAAUAUGUAGUCUCGGCCCACUCCUGAGCAAAUUGCUCCAGCUGUUUCAGGUGUGAGGGGUCCCUUCUGCAGACUGCAUGCUUCAGCUCGUUCUGUAGAUGACCAGUAGGAUUCAGAUCAGGACUCACAGAGGGCCACUUAACAACAGCCCAUUGUGUUUUCUUGGCCACUCAUGGGUGUUUAACUGUUUUGGGUCAUCGGAUGACCCUUGACCCCUGACCAUGAGACAGCACUUUUGGCACCUGGAUGGAUCUCUAUUUCGCUGCAGGAUGGCCUCUAGUCUUGAGACUUUUUGUAUUGUAUUUGUAUUGUGACCAGCACAGAUUCCAGGUGCCCUGUGGCAAGAUGCAGCAUAGUAUCCCCAAAACAUCCCCAAGAAACAUCCCCAAGACAGCUCUCUCAUGCGCGCUCCCUGCUCCAGGCUCGUUAUGGUGCACACAGUGAUGCCAAAAUGGGGUGCAUUUCCCUAAACCAUAGUUAACCAUAGCUAACCUGUUAGCAACUUAGUUGGUUGGCAAUGGGAUAUUCCAUUGCAACCAACAAAGAUGCUAACUUAGUUAGCAACUAUGGUUUUGGGAAACCUGAGUUGCUAUUUUCCGUUUAAAUCAGCUGAGUGACUAAGUACUAUGUCCGAAUACAUGAUAAAAUCGUUUUUAAAUGUAAUAUCUUUUCACAAGGUAAAGCAUUCUUUUAAGUAAGUUAGGAUCCAACAAAUGUGGCCACAGAUAAUGCUUUCAGAUAAUUUCUUGUAAUCCACAGCUUGCAUCCAAACUUGUGUUUUCAUGGCUAAGGUCAAACAUGGCAAUUUCUUAAACAAUAUGGAUUUAACUGGUCAUCGAUUGGGAAGAACUUGGAGCCAAGAUGAGAUAAUGACAUUGAUUGUUAAUGGAAACCCUAUGCAUGUACAAUGCAUCUUAACCAAUCUCUUUGUGAACCCCUCAUUUCAACAAGGAAACCUCUCUGAGAACUAAGUUAUCCUUUUAGGAGGCUUAUAUGCAAACGGUUGAAGAAUAGACUAUUUUUUUUUUUGAAUAAAGUGUAAUAUAAAGAUUAAAGAAAA